UGAACAAUUUUCAAAUUUUACGGAAAAUGGACGGACAAGUUUCCGUUCUUUUCUGUAUGUGUUUCUUGAUAAGUGGAAUAGAUGCAAGAAGAAAAUUUAUUGACUUCAAGCCAGGGUAUGAAUAUGUGUACAGUUUCAGUGGAUAUUCGAAUGUCAAAGACCUGGGAAAGUUCAUUGUCAGUGCAAAGGUUGGUUAUAUCAACAUCAGACAAACGACCGAUGGCCAAGAGCUUGCUCUGAGAGUACAUGCCUUUCACUUCUCAUCCGCCAAAGAUCCAAAUAUCCAUGGAGCAGACUUGGAUUUUUCAAAAUGGUUCUCAUUUGUCAUCUCUGGAAAUGGGGAGAUAACUCAAGUAUACCAUGCAGCUGAUGAAGAUGCUGAAGUGAUUUCUACAAAGAAAGGCUUUGCUGCUUUGUUUGCAUCCAGACUGCAUGACAAAAAUGAAGUUCCAGGAAUUGUUCAGAAAGAUUUCUUCACAUAUAAAGUCACAGAAAAGGGCCAAGAGGGUGAACACAAUGCUACGUACAAUGUCUCAAAGUCAGACACAGGUCUGAAGUUCCAGAAGAUCAGGCACAAUCAUCCUGUUAAAAAUGCCAGAGCUAAUUAUGAGAAGGUGCUCUAUUACCAUGACUCACUUGGAACUGUACAUAAGGUGGACAUCACUGAAGAUUUUAAGUCGCCCAAAUCACCACCAGGGUUUGAUCCAUACAUUGGGAUGAGGAACAUUCCAUCAAUGAGUAAAUUGGGAACUAUAGCCUCCCCAGAGAUGAGCUAUACAAGUCAGGGUGGACUAAUAUUCCUACACAGAGAACUCAUGAAAGAGAAGUGGAAGAAGCCAUCUGGAAAGUUGGUCACUGCUGGAUUAGAAACCCAACAGAUGGAAGAAAGGACAGGAACCUAUAAAAAUAUCUCAAAGGCAAAAGAAGAAAUUUAUGGAAAUGUAACCUGUUUGCAACUUCAUACAGAAGCCACAGUAUUUGGAGGUUGCUUUCAAAACAUUGUCAAGAUUCUGAAACAGCUACCAGAGGAUGGUCUAAACCAUUUAGCAGAUCAUCACUUCUAUUCCUAUACUAAGCAAAAUGCAUUGGAAAAAGAGGUGUCAGGAUAUAUUGUUGAUGCUUUUGGAGUGUUGGGAACAAAGUGGACACAAGAACAGUUCGCUUUGAAAAUACUGAGAAACCCAGAUCCAAACUCAGAUCUUGUAAAGAGGGUGCUAACCCACAUUAUUGCAGAUGAAAAAGCACCCAGUGAGGUGUUACUGAAGACACUAGAAGAAGUGGUAUUCAGAAGAGAUAAAUACCCUGAGUCUCUAUACAGUGGAGAUGUUCACAGUCGUCUGAUGUUGACAAUGGGGGCAGUGUGUCAGAGGCUAAAACAGGAAGGACAGUCAGACAGGGCACAUAGCAUCAUUGACCGAAUCCAUGAUCAACUUGGGAUGCAUGAUCCCUGGGAAUACCGCAAGAAGAGAUCCCUGAUGUCGGAGGCUGUACGUUCCAUUUAUGAUCAACACAAAGUGAUUCUUCUGGAGGCCCUGGGCAAUGCUGGACUGGAUCACUCCUACCAUUACAUUGUGUCCCACAUCAACAGCUCCAACUCCCCCUGGGUCAAAAGAGCAGCCUGUCAUGCUCUGAGAAAAUAUGGUCACAAACAGGCUUCAGAAGUCUUACUGCAUUCUGCACUGCAUGAUGAAAACCAAGAAGUUCGAUAUGAAGCAUCUCUGUUGUACAUGGCUCAUCCCCAUGGCAAGGUGAUUGCCCCAAUAAAUGGAAGGGACGUCAGUGACCCGUAUAAUGCAGGGAUAGAACUGCUGGAUUUUUCCCAUGAUCGCAUCAGGACCAAACGCUCCUCCCCCGACAAGAGAUUCAAAAUACAUGCCACCAAUGUUGACUGGAGGAAAAUGAUAGGUUCCCCUGAUGUAGGGGCAUCUUUUGGAGUUGUAUUGAAGAACACAUUGGAUUUGAAAAUUGCCCCUCUCACAAGUGAGAUGUCUUUGGAAGUGCAUGAUGAAUCGUAUGCUAGAAUUCACUUGGGAAAUAUUGGAGUGAACAUGGACUUUUUUGUAGCCAGAAUCUGUUUCAAAGGAGGAUCUACAUACAACAUCAACAUUUUAAAGGGAAAUGAGAUGAGAAACAUUGAACAGUAUGCCAAGUCCUAUGAUAGAGAUGUGGCUGUUGUAGCAAACUCUCUGGCAGCAGGAAUUAACCUGUUCUUGGAUGUUAUCACUGGUAACUACAGCAUGAAGGCCACCGUCAGUCAACUCAUGGAGGCACUGGAAAAUCUCUCAGACAAGGUGUCCUCAGUAAUAAACCGUACAACAGAGGCUAUGGACAGAGUUGGACAAUAUGACCCAGAUGACCUUCCCCCAGGCUUUAUACCGGCUCACCACUUCAUUGACAGAAUCACCCGAGUUUUAAAUGAUAUAAGAACUCAUAUCAUUGGCUUCAGAAAUGAAGUGGAGGAGAUGGUUCAGUUGAUGCUACCUCAGCAGGCAAAGUUUCUUUAUGACGCUUUGUUGGAUGUACUGGGUGGUCUGACCCAAAUACCCAGGGAUCCAAAAACAGCCAUAAUGUCAAUAGGAAAUGGAGUUGUAUCGAUCGGGAAAGCUGUCGAAAAACUGGUGGCUGCAGUUGAUUAUCUUCAGGAAUCUUGUUUGUUUGAGAGAGAGGAGAAGCCUUAUUGGUUUGAUCUGAGCAAUCUUCUGUCUGAAUUUCGUGACUUGGCUGUUUUUGCCAACUCCUCCAUGACCUUGGCUGGUUCUGAAUGGUUAAAUGAGACAACAGGGGAAGACCAAAUAAAGAUAUUAAGCCAAGCCAGGCAUACCACUGGUUCAGUUAAGCAAGAGGUAUUGGACAACUUUAAUUCAGUGAUCAAAGAUUUGCUAGAUACACUGGAAAGCUUGGACGGGGUAGGAGAUAGUUUUCUAUACAGAUACUUCAGGGUAUUCAACAUGGUGAAACUGGCCAAGAAGGCCAACAAUGUACUUAACACAGGUUAUGAGACAGCAAGAGCAAAAGUAGAAUCCAUAUUUGGACCGAGAACCCACCGAGAUUUCCCAGGACAGAUAAGACUGAGUGGACAGGGCUGUACUGGGAAUGGACUGUAUCCGUCUACACUGGGGAAAAUGGGGGUAGAGGAGUAUGACCACACUGGACUUGAUUUGUCUGUUGCAAAUGGAGAAUAUGUAGUGGCCCCGUUUCCGGGCACAGUGUCUCUUGAAUCUGUAGGGGGUAACACAGUGGUUCUAGUUCCAUCAGAGGGCUCCCUAAAGGACAUUGUUAUUUACAUGUCAAACAUAGAGCCCAACAGUACUAUCUCUGUGGAUGACAGCAGAGCUGUUAUUGGUGGCCAAGUAUUAGGAACAGUCAACAGUACUCAUUGUGAGGAUCACAUUCACUUGUCCUUUAAGAAAGUGGGAGCAUCAUACGUUGAUCCUACUCGCUUCCUAGAGAAGGCCUACCCCACUCUGCCUACCUGGGUACAACAGUGUGAUGACUACAAACUGGUGUUCAAGACCAACACAGUGGCUGCUGGAGUGAUAGUGGGGACCAGUGGUCAGUCGGUCAAGGACAAUGACCCAGUUAUGGAGAAUGUGGCCAAUCUCACCUUUCCAGCAGCUCCCUCUACAUCUUAUGAUCCAGAUGACACACAGUCUAUCAAAGGAGACGGUCAGAGUUUUUACUCGGUGGUGAAGAGUAAAGUGGGGCUUGUAGGGAAUGAUGUGGAUUCAGGAGAGGACACUUGUUCUACAUCUUCUUCAAACAGUAAAUCAGGGAUGUUUUCCACACUACUUUUGAAAGCUGACACUUUCCUACAAAAGUACAAUUUGAGAAGACUGAAAUUUGGAACCAUAAUAGAGUUCCUGGAUAAGUUCAACAUGACUACCAGUAAAGAAGCAUUGAGAGGAGUUGUAACGAGCAUAAAGGAUAUGAUAAACAACAAACCUUGUCGCAAUCCUAGUGAAAUGACGGAGGACCAGCUAUUUAUGGAACUUACACAACAAGGAAAAAAUACCUCUGGUUCCAGAGAGGACAUGGUUGCUCGCCUGAUGACCCAGUAUCUAGAUUGUCCAUUGCUGGCUUUCACUAUGCCAAGAGAUGUGUACUGUACAUAUGACAGGAACUGCCUAGGAGUGGAGUGCUGCGUCAGUCUAGAGUUGUCUUUCUUGACCAGGACAUACAAGAUUUGGGUAAACAUGGACCACUGUUCCUCUCCAGUCAAACUCUACAUGGGCGUCGGAAUGAAUUCAUACCAGUUUGACCUGUCUAGUGCAAACUUUGAUGGUGUAGAGGGAGACAUCAUUGUCAAUGACACAUUAGAUGCAUUUCUUGGAGGAGUAUCAGUGAAGCUGAAGUAUGGUGUGUUCAAGGGAGAGAAUGCCACCUUGGUGACACUAGCAGCUGGACUGUGUAGUAGGAGUGAUCCUGAUUAUUGUCCUAGAUUUGUGACACUUUUGGACAGAGCCAUCUUCAGAAACCCUCACUGUCUUCCCGAUGGAUCGUUUAUUUGGCCUGAAGUGGAUUACCAGAGUUUGUUAAGGAGAGAGGCAUCAUGGAGAAACAUUAAGCAGUCGGGUAAAACGUUGGCCAAAAAAGCUGUAUCAGAUGUUGAUGCCGAGUACCUCCAAGAACUGGGAUUGACAAAGAGCAUGAUUUAUGAAACAGGCCCGUGCCCUAGACCAGGCAUUAUGACAGAUGGCCAGCUCAGGUCAGCCUUGGAAGCCAGAAACUUGUCACCAAAUGGAACUAGAAGUGAACUGAUUUCCAGGCUUACCCAGGAUAAUUAUGCAUGUGCUAAUGCCACACUUCCCACGAUAAGUAACUCAACUAUUGCCAGCAUCAUUCACUAUUCCAUUGAUCCCGAUUGCUUAAGGAUUGAAACUUGUGCAGACAUUGCUCUUAAUCUCAGUGGCAAAAUCUACUCCAAAUCUCUCAAGACCACGUUUGAUGUGGAACCGUGUAGCUUUUUGUUGAAAGUUGAAUUUGAAAGAAGAAUUUUGACUAGAAUUUUGCUAUCUUACAGCUGGGGCUCUGAAAAGAUCAUUCAAAUUUCUCCAAAUGUCAAGAUCAAGUAUACACUAGAUCGUGAUGUUGCAAGAGGAGUGUAUAUCCUGGAUUUGGGACUGGUUGUUUGCCCUCUGUCAUCUGGAUGUAUUAUAGAUGGAUUUUUCCUGGAGGAUUUUGAAAUACCAGUACCAUCUUGUGGAGAUUUUGUACUCCCAGGAGAUGGAACGAUAAAUGGAUUGCUCAAUUCCAUCGGAGGCAAAAUGACAACGGAAGCCUUUGAACUUGUGCUGAAGAAAUUUAACAUACAACAUGUGUUAAAAAGUGAGACAUGCGCUUUGCCAACAGCACCAGCAGGUUGCACCAACACACUAGAUGUGGACAGUAAUCUGCCUGCCACUGUCCAAGACAUGGUGACCUGCCAGCUGCCCUGGGGGUGCUAUGGGGUCCAGUGCUGUCUGGACUUGGCCUUCCAACUUCCUCUGGGGGACAUAGUUACAGCCAAGAACUUCUCCUUCUGGUUUAUAGUGGAUCCCUGCGACUUCAGUAUAGACAUCGGGUUAGGGGGGCUUACACUGUUGAAGUCUACCUUCCUUGAGUAUGAAUUCGGGACAACAAAGACAAUAAGCCUAGGAACGGGGAGUCCAGCACCUGUACAAGUCAUAUACUCAAUAGCACAGAGGGGUGUAAACCAAGGAUAUACAGUUGAUGUUAAACUGAAAAUUUGUUUGAAUUUGGAUGGUCAGAUUUUCUGUAUUCCAACCAGUGAACUUCAUUUCAUGAAACAAGUGGACAUUCCUGUCUGUCAAUCCAGAUCUCUAGUCAACUUUAACACCUUUACCUUGCAAAAUUGGGCACAGGGUGUGAAUGUGAGUCUGACAGAACAGCUGGAUUCAGGGGCAUUAGCCAUGUUGUUAGAACAGCUCAAUCUGACCCAGUUCUUCAGCAGCCAGAAGUGUGACAGGACUAGGAGUCCCUACAGCCCAUCUCUGAUGGGAUACCACAAUGUGUGCCCCCGUACCAUUAAUUCCCUGCCCGCCAAGGUUCCUGACCCUAUGACCUGUUACAUCCCGGAGUACUGUACAGGAAUUGACUGCUGUGCUGAUCUCCCAACACUGGGACUUGGCCUUCGGUCCUAUGUCUUCCUAGAUUUAGAAAGGUUGGAGAUCCGGUAUGGCAUGGAAAAUGUACAAAGAACUGUGAAAAUAGCAGAUUACACUUGGGGACAAGAAAAGACAAUCUCUGCAGCUGGUGACCUCAUUAAAUUAAGAUUCAGCAUUUCAAAAAUAUCUGACACAGACUAUAUCUUCAAUGCCAAUGUGUAUGCAUGUUUGGAAGGGUCAGGACAGUGUGCCAUAGAUAUUCCUGUCUUCCAGAAUACACGUCUACAAUCCUCAACAACAGGAAUAUCUACCCAAAAUUUCUCUCUGACUACCUGGAUGGCUGAGAUGGGAAUUCCCUCUAAAGCUCAAGUUACAGAUAUAGAGAAGGGAUUCCUGAUACAGCAGCUGGGUAUUGAUGCCUACAGAUUGACCACUCCUUGCGACCCCACACAGAGCCCAUACACUCCAACAACCAAUGGAUGGAACAACAUGUGUGGGGUAGCCUUUGUUGUGCCCACUGCCAUCUCCAGUGCUGCUGUGAAAUGUACACUGUCAGCUGAUUGUAGCAGAGUAGAUUGUUGUAUGGAGUAUGCCUACUUCAACCUCAAACUGCAUUUCUUCCUCCACUUAGACCAGUGUAACUAUGUCAUAGUGGGUGGAAUUGAGAAGAAAAACUUCACCAAAAAUAUUCUCAGCUUUCCUUGGGGAUCAGACAAUGUAGAAAGCAUCAACAACAUUAUUAAAAUGAGAUACACAAUAGACAGACUGAGCCUGUCCGACAAGUAUGUGCUGAACGUGUCAGUGGCGGUGUGUCUGGAGCCUGACUCCUGUGAUGUGGACGUCACUGUUCUGAGAAAUGUCAUGAUUCCUAUCCUACAGUGUAACCUCACCAUGCCAGCUAAACUAGCAGGAUUUUCUUUGACUAAUUGGAUGGCAUCUCAAGGACUUGAGGGAAGUUUGUCUAAGGCUGUGUCAGAUCAGCUCCUAAAUACUCUGGGUAUUGGACUCUUCAUGAAGGAAAAGUCGUGUGACAGAGCAGAGACACCAUACAGCAGUAACAAACUAACCACAGAAGGAUGGUCUGCUGUUUGCCCAGCAACGAUUGCCCUUCUGGAGAUUCGAGAUACGGUCAGUUGUUUUGUAAACAGUUCAUGUACAUCCAUCACUUGUUGUGUGGAGGUGGAGAAGCUGGAACAGGCAUUUGAAGUUGUCCUUGACCUGGAUUUCUGCAAUCAGAAGGUCACAUUUGGAGUUGAAAGGUUAACAAGGACUGAGGCACUGAAAGACUUUGAAUUUGGAGUGAAAAAAGAGAUGGUGAUCAUGGGAGUGUUCAAAUUCUGGUACAGUGUGUGGGAGCUGGUUGGGGAGAACUCCUAUGCUAUAUCUGUAGACCUGGCUGUGUGUCUGGAGGACUCAGGAGAAUGUGUGGUGGAUGUUAAUGUAGUGGAUAGGGUCAAAUUUCCCAAGACAGACUGUGACUGGCCAACCAGCUUCAUCCAAACAAAUUUUUCUUUGACGGCAUUCAUGGCUGAGAACUCAGUGACUGACCCGUCACAAAUAACGGGACUUGUGUUGGAGCGAUUGAAGGAGACACUGGGGCUUCCUAACCAUAUGGAUACAGCCCAAUGUUCACUAACAGACUCUAGAUAUACCCCAAACUCUAACGGAAUAAAAAAUGACUGCACCCGAGCUGUAAACCAACCAACAGAGGAUGCCGUUCCGUCUCAGGUUACCUCCCUUCCUGGUAACAUGGUAUGUCAGAUCAAGGACUUGUGUACCGGGAUAGACUGCUGUGUGCAGUCCACGCCCCUCUCCCAUAACUUCCACAGCUACCUGGACAUUGAUCCUUGUAACUUUAAAAUCAGCUUUGGAAUUGACAAACUCCAGUUCACAUUCAACUUAAGGGAUUUUACAUUUGGAGUAGAGAGGGAUGUUCGCCUGUUUAAUGUUGUUAGAAUGAGAUUCACCAUUUGGGAUCUUGCAUCAGAAAACCAGUACUUGGUAGACCUAAACUUGAGUCUGUGCUUUGAGACUGCGGGAGCCUGUAUGACAGAUGUUCAAAUAUUUAACAGGAGAAGACUGUCCAAGGGUGUCUGUAACUACAGUGCUCCACCCAUCUCCAUCAAUUUUUCCUUGAACCAGUGGAAGCUGUCAAGGGGAAUAACUGCGACCUCGCUGUCACAGUUUGAUUCAGAUUUGCUGAUGGAAUACUUGGGAGUUCUUGGGUAUCUUAACCCCUCCCAAUGUAGCAAAGUAGAUCCUUUAUCCUUGGAGGGUUGGGUUGAUGAUUGUCCAAGGUCAUCUUUAUACAUGAAGACUGACCUGUCAUCACAGCCCGCCCUCUGUAGAAUAUCCUCCAAGUGUACCGAGGUUAGAUGCUGUGUCAGUGUAGGUCCUGUGGCCAGAAAUUUUGAAGCCUACAUUGACAUUGAUCCUUGUAAUCAUAGAAUGACUGUUGGGAUAGAGGAUUACAAGACAGCCAUAAAUCUACUGAACUACACUUAUGGAGCAACAGAGACUAUUCAGAUGGAGAGUUUGAUCAUGCUAAGCUAUCUUGUGGAGAGAUUUGAAGGAGCUGAGCGAUUCCUUGUCAACCUGAACCUCAGUGUGUGUUUGGAGCCUAGUGGAGCAUGUUAUUUGGACUCCAUCAUCUUACAGGACGUGUACCUACCCUCAGCACCAUGUGAUUGGACCAAACCUCAGACAGGUUUCUCCUUGAGCAACUGGUAUGGUAAUUUAUCCCUGACUCCAAGCACCACCCUGUAUCCCACUCAUCUAUCCCUCCUGAAGGAGUCCCUGGGGGUCACAGAUUACCUGAACUCUGCCCCCAAUAGGUGUGACAGGUCAUCAGCAGUCUAUAAACCUGAAACCCCAGGUCUCUCAGGAUGGAAAAUAGACAGUGGCUGUAAUCUGAAUUUGCUGGUGAUGAGCUCCCUGCUGGCUGACGGAAUGAACUGUUACCUGAAGUCUAAGUGUACAGCCGUGGAGUGCUGCCUGGAUGUGGAGGAUCCGCUUCAACAAAACGUCCGCUUCUCCUUGGAUCUGGAUCUCUGUCAGCAGAUCCUGGAAAUCAGUGUGGACAAACUGAAGGGAAAGAAAGCACUGUUCGCGUACUCAUAUGGCAUAAUGGAUUAUUUCAGAAUGUCAGACUUGAUUCAAAUUGAGUUUAAGAUAGACUUGGUAAGCUCCAGUACUGUGUCCUUCUACCUGAAGCUGAAACUCUGUUUUGAGCCAAACUCCUGUACAAGAGAGAUAAUCGUGUUUAACAAUAAACACGUUCCUGCUCCGUCCUGUCAAAGAAACCUCCCUUACAAAGACCCAGCAUUUUCUCUCACACAAUGGUACAACUCCAAUGGACUGUCCCCAGGCUCCAAUCUCACAACACUGGAUGCUAGGAAGCUCCUGGAAACUCUAGGAGUGGGUCACUUCAUGCAGGACAUAGGCUGUCAGAGGUCAGGGUCUGUGUAUAGCCCUUCACAAAACGGCUGGAAAUCAGAAUGCCAGUUGGUAGUGGAUACAGACCCCAUCACAGAGCCUGUGAACUGUGUAAUUGAGGACACGUGCACUGCUGUCAGCUGUUGUGCUGAGGUGGGGUUUCUCCAGCAGUCAUUUGAGGUUACCAUGUCACUUGACCCCUGUACAGAGACCUUACAAAUAGGAAUUGAGAAGUUCAGCUUUAAUGUCAGCCUGAGCACCAUUACAAUGGGUUUCAGGAUUGCAAAGUGGUAUUCAGACAACUUUAUUUCUCCACCAAACUAUGAGUUGACCCCAGAGAAGUGGAACAAAUUGCUGGAUGACUUAGGAAUCAGGGCCUACAUAAAAACAAGUCCUUGCUCCUUUGACAUGAAUACCUAUAAACCAACCAACCCAUAUGGAUGGAAUAAUGAAUGCCCCCAGGACCUGUCUUCUACUGUCUUUCCCACCCUCCCCUCACAUGCCCGCUGUCAGAUUCCCUCCUACUGUACUGGAUUCAGCUGCUGUGUUUUGGAUCAACACAUUCUACAUCAUCACUUCACUGUGGGCGUCAGACUAGACGACUGUAAUCACCUGGUCACCAUCCAGCUGGAGAAAAUCUUCAUAGAAAUCCCUCUCAACAAUUACACAUUUGGAGUUAAUGAGAAGAGGUGGAUUAUGAGUGUCUUAAGAUUUGAAUUUACGAUAGAGGACUUGACCCUAGAGAACAGCUACCAAAUAACUGCAAAUGUACGCAUCUGUUAUGAGCAGACCUAUUGUGCUGUAGACACCAUCACUCUCCUGACAAACUUUAAGGUGCCGAAAACAACUUGUGAAUGGGGAACGGGAUUCUUAACAGACUUUUCCCUGAAGUCUUGGUUGAGAGGUAAAGGUCUGCCCUCUGGCGUGGACCUCAUCCAGUCUGAUGCCCGGCAGCUGGAGGCAUUGAUCGGUCUAUCUGAAUACACAGAGAACACCACACAGUGUAGCAGGUCCAGCUAUGGGGCCAGUCAGGAUGGGGGCUGGAACAAUGAGUGUAGAGAAGCGUCCACUCCUGCCCCACUAUCCCCGUCCGUCUCCUGUCGAGUCCUGUCCGAGUGUUCCAGCAUUGACUGUUGUGUGGACAUCAGCUUCCUGGCGAACCGCUCUGUCAACAUCCAGUUCCUAAUGGAUCCCUGCUCCUCUGUACUCAGUCUCAACAUUGAGAAGUACCAACACAACAUGACUCUCUACAACUACCAGUUUGGCAAGCCGGAUAACUUUACACUGCAAGGAAUUAUAAGAAUUGACUUUUUAAUUGAGAAUUUCCCACUUUCAAGAACUUAUGUCGUGAGUUUGAAUUUGAGUUUGUGUCUGGAAUCAUCUGAGCCUAGUAACUGUGUGUACUCAGAGGUUAUUCUGAAAAAUGCAGUGCUUCCCAAACAGACUUGUGAUUAUGCACUGGAGUAUGAAAAUCCUGGGUUCAGUCUGGGAACUUGGCUAACCAGUAAAGGAUAUACUGUGCCUCUGAAUGGUGACCAGACCAAUGCUCUGAUGAGACAGCUAGGGCUGGAGGAGUUUGUCAGUCUCACCUGUGACAGAAACAGUUCCUUCUAUCAACCAGAUACAACACCUGGAUGGAAGGUGGAACCAGGCUGCCUGGCUGUACCAGUAGAACUGUGGGAGAAUGACACAAACUGUUACAUAGACAGUAACUGUACCACGGUCAGCUGCUGUUUAGAUGACGAGGUGACCGAUCGGUCCUACCAGAUGUCUGUCCAGAUCUUGACCUGUGACGAGAAGCUGCUGGUCACUCUAGAGAGGAGGACCUUCACACUACCUUUACUGGACUACGCUGAUGGAACCACCCACAUCAUCAGGCUGUUUGGGGUCCUAAUAUUGGAAUUUAAUAUAGAUGACCUGCUAUCCCUGAACCAGUAUGCUAUAUACAUGAGGCUGAAGCUUUGCUAUGUCCAGGGGUUAGCCUGUCAAAGAGACAUCAGGCUCCUAGAAAAUGCCAGGUUUUCUAAAGUGAACUGCACCCCAGAUCAGUAUGCCAUAAAUGGUUUUUCCUUGACUCAGUGGUUAAAUGACAGCCAGUUUCCUCCAGGAGUUGUUCUAGAGAAGUGGGUGGUAGAGCACCUCAAAAUGGACCUCAAGCUGUCCGCUCUACUGAUGAACCCCUCCUGUAACAGAAGCUCCUACGUAGUGGACCAGAACAAUUGGGAUAUGUCUAAGUGCUCUCAGCCAGUGUCAGUAUCAGCUCUUCCCACCCACACUUCCUGCAUGCUGACUCCCUACUGCUCGGGGGUCACCUGUUGUACAGAUGCUGCCAUGCUGGGGAUGACCUUUCAGACAGAGGUCAAGCUAGACAGGUGCCAAGGAAAACUGCUCCUGAAAAUUGAGAAACAGCAAUUGUCCAUUGGACUUCAUGAGUUUCAGUUCUCUGCUUGGCAAAUGUACACACUUGGAAAUGUGUUUAGAUUGAGGUACAAAAUAGAUCAUGUGACCAUGGAGAACAAGUACAGAUUUAAUUUGAACAUCAGUGUCUGUUUAGAAACUUCUGAAGCAUGUUACCUCAACUUUCCACUAAUGACUGAUGUUGAUAUUCCCAUUCUUGACUGUGAUUUCAAAAAUGUGUCUUACCCAAUCCAAGGUUUCAACUUUACAAAUUUCCUGAUCACUCGAGGACUUCCUCCAUCUACCUCAGCAUUGUCCUGGGAAACCUCCCUUCAGUUCCUGGAGCAUUUGGGAAUAGAGACAUACUUCAAUAAGACAGCAUGUGAUAGAUCCUCAUUCACUGGUGCCCUGCCCUCAGGAUUCCUGAAAGAUUCUGGAUGUACUGAAAAUGUUGCCCCCUUUCUGCUGAACCUAUCGGACACAAACUGUAGAAUUGGUGCCUCCUGCCAGGAUUUCAUUUGCUGUUCAGAGAUAUCUACAAUUGGAAGGACUUUGGCGUAUGAUUUCAGUGUGGAUCCCUGUUCUCACACUUUAAAUAUUGGCAUAGAGGAUUUUCACUAUCAAAGAUCACUUGUAAACUUUGAGUAUGGAGUCACUCAAACAUUCACCAUUGGCCAGAUCUUCAUUUUAGAAUACAAGGUGACAGACUUGACAGGACAGAGACAGUUUCUGAUUGACCUGAAGCUCAGUGCCUGCUUUGAUGACGAUCAGCCCUGUCAGCAGGUCAUAGCCAUCCUCAAAAACUACCUGGUGACUAAACUGCAGUGUGCCUGGUACACAGGAUUUGUAGAAACAGGCUUCUCCUACACCAGCUGGCUGAGUUCUCAUGGACUAACAGGUACCACUGUCCUACAGCCCAGUGAUGUAGCGAGUCUACUCAGCACACUGGGAAUCACAAAGUACAUGCAGUCUCCGUCCUGUAACUCAAUGACUGGGGACUACGAAAACUCUUAUCAGGGUUGGAGGUCUUUGUGUCCAAAUGAUCAGAUAACCAACAGACCAGUGAUGAACAGCAGUUUGUCCACAUGCAUCCUAUCUAAGACCUGUACAGGGGUGAAGUGCUGUAUCAGUGUACCCAGACUCAGUCUGUCUGUGGAAGCCUAUGUAGAGGUUAACCCCUGUAACCAAACUCUGCAAGUAGGAAUCGAGAAUUUACACUUCAACAGGAGUCUGUAUGGUUACAAGUUCGGAGAACAUGAACAGUUUGAUCUUUAUGGAUUUAUAGUCAUUGAUUUCGUGAUAGUUGACUUGCCAUUUGGAGGGAGCCAUGGUCAGUACCUGGUCAAUGUGAACAUGAGUAUCUGUUUUGAGGAUGCACAGCCAUGUGACACUGUAGUUUCUGUGUUCAAGGAUUCACUUUUAAACAAGGAAGACUGUAAUAGGAAAAAAGACUUCUUAGAUCCAGGAUUUUCCCUUGCUACAUGGAAAUCUCAGCAUGGUAUAACUGGCAGUGGUCCCCUGGAUGUACACAAUGUGAAGCUGUUACUACAGGACCUGGGGGUAGCAUCUUUUGUGAGGGAGCCCUCAGACAGGUGUGACUGGACCUCUCCCACCUUCUCUGGAGCCAAUGCUGAUGGAUGGACUGAUGGCUGUAACACAACGACCGAGGGUUUGUCUCCCCUUGGUGACAAGGUGCGCUGUUCCAUCUCCCCCUCCUGUACAGAAGUACACUGCUGCCUGAGAUCUGACACACUACAGGAAAUGUUUGACGCCUACAUCUACCUCGACACCUGUAAUAGUAAGGUGACAGUAGGCAUAGAGAAGCUCCAGUGGAACGACACACUGGUCGACUAUCAGUUCGGAACCUCUAUGCAUGUCUCUCUUCUUGGGUUAAUCAAUCUUGACUACAUCAUCACAGACUUGGUGAGUGAAAAUGUGUAUGGAGUUAGAUUCAACUUGAGCAUUUGUCUGAACUCCACUGGGCCCUGUGAGGUACAUGUAGAGGUGUUUGAUGAACACAGGCUUAACAAACCAACAUGUAACUGGACCAGAGGCUUUGCUGUUGAUGGUUUCUCCCUGGAGUCCUGGCUGUUGACAAAGGGUUACACAGACUCAGCUGAUCUACCUAAUUAUGUUGUGUCUGAGCUGCUGCAUGACCUGGACAUUGCUCCAUUUCUAAUGGACACAAGCUGUAACAGGAGAUCUAUUCCAUUUUACCCAAACACUGAUGGAUGGAACAAAGCCUGUGACGAGUAUGUAGCCCUGAGCCCCGUCGCCUCUAACACCACCUGCCAUGUCUUUGACUUCUGUACAGGCGUGAGGUGCUGCUCAGACGUUGGAUUUAUCCAUAGGUCUCUUCACAGUUUCCUCAUCAUCGACCACUGUAACUACAAGCUGGCAGUGGGAAUAGAGAAGAUGAUCGUCAAUACCAGCCUACACUCGUAUGUCUACGGCACGACCCAAACUGUCAUGUUAAAUGGAGUCGUCAGGCUACAGUACUCUAUAAAUGACUUCCCCAAUGAGAACAAGUUCCAGGUGAACGUCAGCCUGAAGAUCUGUUUUGAGAGCAGUAAGCCUUGUCUGUUAGAAAUCCCCGUGUUCUCAAACACAAAGCUCCCAAAGAAGGUGUGUGACUGGACUACAGACUUCCUUCAUCCAACAUUCUCCUUCACUGCAUGGAAAGAGGAGAGAAAAAUCACUGGGACAGGUCUGUCUGACAAUUUCCUGGCAGAGCUGAUGGAUGACCUUGGACUGUCAUCAUUUAUACUGGGCAAGGACAAGAAAUGUAGUGAUACCAAAGCACCAUUUACUCCAACAGUGGAUGGUUGGAAUAAUGAGUGCCCUCAGUCCCUCAAAUCCGCCCUGCCUUCUCUGUCUGUUCAGCCUAUCACCUGUCAUAUUGACUCCUCCUGUGGUGGUGUCCAGUGCUGUAUAGAUGUGGCUUCCCUCAGCACCACCUUCACCACCAGACUGGAGGUGGACCCCUGUAACUAUAAGAUGACUGUGGGUAUUGAGAGGCUGACUUUCUCUAAGGACCUGUUUGAUUAUGAGUGGGGACAACAGGAAGAAAUAUGGAUGUUUGGGGUAGUCCGAAUGAAAUUCACCUUGUAUGACCUGUACAUAGAGGGGUACAUCCUGAUUGAUAUGAAGGUGGAGGUGUGUUUGGAAGCCAGCAAGGUAGAUAACUGUGACCUGUCCAUUGUUGUCCUGAAAAACUACUACCUCCCCAAACCUAACUGUAGUGGGGAUCCUGGCUUUGUCACACCUGGCUUCAACAUCUCUAGUUGGUUGGCUGGUCAGGGACUGUCCUAUACCCAGCCUCUGGAUAGCCCAGUAGUGGACAACCUACUGUCUGACCUCUCUCUAGCCCAGUUCCAGCUCGAGCCAUCUUGCUCCUGGACAAGUGACCAGUACAGUGAUGCAGCCUCCAAAUGGACACAGUACUGCCCCUCUAGUGUACAGACUUCCCUGUCCGCUGUGGCUGACCGGGCCCUCUGUAUCGUGUCCCCCUCCUGUACCAACAUCACCUGUUGUGUCCUGGUCCCCCUCCUGAACAGGACCUUUGAGGUACAGCUGUCCUUAGACCAGUCCUACAAUGAGAUGAGGACCCAUGUAGAAAAGGUUUCUAGGAGGCAGUCUCUGAUUGGGUACAAUUUUGGGAUACAGGAAAUUCUGAGUGUUAAAGGAGUUUACAAACUACUGUACAAAGUGAAUGAGCUGGUGGAUGGCAAUCUGUUUGAUGUGUCCAUGACGGCCCAGGCCUGUUUUGUGGAUGGAGGGGACUGUGAACUGAAUCUCCCCAUUCUGACCAAUGCUCUGAUACCAAAGAUGAAUAGAAUGUGGAAUACAACAUAUGCAUUCAGAGAUUUUUCCCUGUCCCAGUGGCUGACGGAGAAGUCAGUUAUAGCUGGCUCUGUACUUCAGCCCUAUCAUGUCAGUGAGCUGUUUGAGAAACUGUCCAUAAUAGCCUACAAAAAGUCACCAUCCUGUAGUAGAAAUGGAUCUGUAUACUCCUCUCCUGAUAGCAAGGGUUGGAUCAAUGAUUGUGCAACAGUGGAUGAUAUGCUGACCUUGACCUCCUACCCUUUGACCUGUAACCUGGACAGUACCUGUAACAAGGUGUCCUGCUGUGUGGAUUCAGACUUCACGAACUCCACUUUUGAGGUUGUCUUUGACUUAAACAGAUGUACAAGGAUGUUGUAUCUACAGAUUGAAGACUUAACAGUGCAAAUUCCUUACUCUGAAAUUCAAUGGGAGAGACCGUCACAGUUUUAUCUUAACAGUGUUGUCAGACUAGAUUACACACUGUAUGACCUGUAUGCAGAAAACUUCUAUUUGGUGGAUUUGAAGCUAUCCAUGUGCUGGGAAUCAUAUGAACCAUGUGAAUUUGAAGCACAAUUAUUCAAGAACAAAAUGCUUCCUAAGAGAUCUUGUCCAGGAAACAUGACAUUUGAACAUCCAGGAUUCUCUCUAAGCACUUAUUCCACCACCAAUGGCCUUGACCAGAACAAUCUCCAGGGAAAUGACCUGGCCUACCUGUAUAAUUACCUGGGAAUUUCUAGUUACCUGGACACUCCCAGCUGUAACAGGAGUGAUGACAAGUACACACCAGGAACCAAUGGCUGGAAGAGUGCCUGUCCAGUGGAUUUAUCAUCAUUUUUGCCAUCUCUGGCCUCAAAUAUGAACUGUCAUAUAACAUCUACCUGUACCAAGAUAGAAUGCUGUGUUGAAGUGGACAAGUUUGAUUCUCGGCCGCUGAACUUUUAUAUUGACUUGGAUAAUUGUGACUGGAUGAUAAGCUAUGGAAUGGACAGUUUCGUUAUGAAACCAACAGUUUUAUCCAAUUUUGAAUUUGAUGUGUGGCAUGAAUUUUGGAUGAAAGGAGUUUUGAGAAUGAGGUUUAUGGUAACAGAUUUACCAGGAGCAAACCAGUUUAGAAUAAGUCUGACUUUCAGUAUAUGCUUUGAAGAUGGGUCAGUUUGUGAACAGGAGCAAGUUAUUUUCACCAAUGCUUUAUUACCUAGGCAGACUUGUGACUUCAACAUUGGAACUCCCAUAACAAAUUUCACCUUCACUGACUGGAAGAGACAGAAAGGCUACUCAGUCAUGGAGGGGUUCAGCAUAGCUAAGCUAGAGGAGGAACUAGGAUUGUAUGGUUAUCUACACAAUGCCACAUCUAUCUGUAACAGAACUGUAGGAAUAUUUGCAAACUCCACAAAUGGAUGGAAAAAUGAUUGCCCAGUCCCUAUAUUUGGAUCCCUACCUUAUAUUGAUGGCCCCAUCACCUGUAACCUGGGCCCCUCCUGUAUCUCCCUCACCUGUUGUGUCCUGACAGAGCCCCUGUCCAGACAUCUGACCUUGGCAUUAGAACUGAGUCACUGUGAGGACAAGAUGACCAUCACAAUGGAUAAAUACACACAGCAGAUUAAGAUCAGCCAGUACCAGCACUGGGGCACCACACAGGUUUUGGAUGUCAGUAAUGUUAUAAAGCUAAGUUUUAACCUGGAGAAUCUGGAGAGUGAGAACACGUUCCUGAUCAGUUCCUCCAUCACUGCCUGCUGGGAAGGACCCAGCAGCUGUCAGAGUUUUCCCCUCUUUACCAACGUCAGACUGCCAAAAUACACGGGAAUGCAUGAGUGUGACUGGAAAGCGGAGUUCAUUCAGUCAGAUUUCACAUUAACUAACUGGCUGACUACCAAUAGUUACACUGACAGCACUCCCCUGGCUGCUGUCACACAACAGGACCUGAUGAAGUACCUCCAGAUGGCUUACUACAAGGAUCCAGACUGUAACGGAGCAAGUGCUCCCUACACUCCAGCCAAUCCAGACAGGUGGAACACAACUUGCUCUACUGGUACAGACCUGCCGACACUUCCCAGUACAAUGUCCUGUCAUCUCCCUGACAUCUGUACUGGAGUGGACUGCUGUGUGUCCAGUACCAAACUGGGCAGGAUGUUCAAAACAUUCCUGGACAUAGACCCGUGUAUAUCCAAGAUCACUGUAAGCAUUGACAGCUGGAGGUUUACAGAAACACACAGAAAUUUAUCUACAGGUUUGGCCAAGAGCAUAUGGUUACAGGGUGUAGUAGGAAUGGACUUUGAUGUGGAGACCCUUUGGAGUGACCAGAUGUAUAUAGCGAACCUGAAGGUCAGCAUUUGUUUAAAUAGUGGUGGACCUUGUGAAAUCAGCAAUCAGACCGUGUUCAGUAACAGCCUUCUAGCCUUCAGGCAGUGUGACUGGGCACAGGCUCUGCCUAUUGGGUUUUCUUUAAAUGCCUGGAAAUCCAGUAACAAUUUCUCAGUCAGUGACCCCCUGCCAGAGUAUGCUGUAGCGAGGGUAAUGGACCAGUUAGACCUGUGGCGGUACCGUAAAUCUACAACCUGUCAGAGGCCACAACCACCUUACUCUCCUACAUACAUUGGAUUUGUACAGGAGCCCCCCUGUAAUGUGCCAGGACUGCCCUACAAUCUUCAGAAGAAGACGUACUGUGUGGUACAGUCCACAUGUACUGCCAUCUCCUGUUGUACAGAUGACCCAGAUAUGGAUAUGACCUUCACCUGGUACAUUGACCUUGAUGUCUGUAAUCAUGUCCUAAAGAUGGGCAUCGAGGAGUACACUGCUCAGUUCUCACUGCUUAAUUUCCCAUUCAGAAAACCACAAAGCUUUGUACUUUCUGGAGUAUACAAAAUAAGCUAUAUCAUUUAUGAUCUGAGUGGAGUAGGGGAGUAUAUGAUGAGUGCUGAUGUCUCUGUGUGCUAUGAACCCAGUAGUUGUGUCUUCACAGACAUUAUACUGAUUGAUGUGCGUUUUCCUAAACCCAGCUGUAACUACAAGUCCACAGAUUUUUACAUCUCAGGAUUUUCCUUGACAACUUGGUUGACUGACAAUAGUCUCCCUGGAGGAACCCUGCCUAAUUAUGCUGCCAGAAAACUCCUGAAGGAUCUGGAUAUAGCCAUGUACAUGAAUGAGACCUCCUGUAGCUCUGGCACAGGUGUCUAUUCUGGUCUUGUUGAUGGUUGGAACAAAGAGUGUGGUACUCCAGUGACAACGGAUUCUCUACCCUCAGGCAUUGUGUGCCACAUUCCCUCCUCCUGUACCACAGUACAGUGCUGUGUGGACGCCACCACACCACUGGGGCGGUCAUUUACCACUGUCCUAGAUCUGGACCCCUGUAGCCACCAACUUACACUGGGAAUUGAAAACUUUGUGUAUACCUUUUCUCUGCUGGAUUUCAAGUUUGAUGAGACACAGCAUUUUUACCUGAAGAAUGUAGUUAGAAUGAUGUACUCCAUCUAUGACUUGGAGAGUGAUGGCAUGUAUGUAGUGGAUCUGAACAUCAGCCUGUGCUUUGAGUCUGCUUCUGCCUGUUCACUGGAUGUAGAAGUCUUUAGACAGACAGUCCUGAAGAAAAGAACUUGUCCAAAAUACAAAGGGUUCCUAGAUCCAAACUUCUCCCUGACUGUAUGGAAACAGGACAAUGGAGCUAAUGGCACAACACUGACAACAGCUCAGAUAGUGGUAUUACAGGAGGACCUGGGACUGUCUAGAUACUUCCUGGAUACUUCUUGUUCUAGGCAGUCAUCGCUAUACAACCCUCACAUAGACUACUGGAAAAAUGAUUGUGGUUCUUCAGCAACAGGAAUCAGUCAGUUCACUUCUGCUGAUAACAUUAACUGUCACCUGGCAACCAAUUGUACGACCUUGACGUGCUGUAUGGAGGACACCAUCACAAGGACAAACAUAGAGGUCAGGGCAUCAAUGGAUCCCUGCACCUUCAGCCUGAAACUGAGAGUAGAGAAGAUGGCAACCGACAUUUCCCUAUUGAAUUACACUUGGGGGGUUCCUGAGAAGGUGGACCUGUAUGGGGUGUAUGUUAUCAGUUUCACUCUGGAGAACCUGUACAACUCGAGACAGUACCUGCUGAGUCUGAAUGUCAGUCAGUGUUACGAAUCAGACUGUGCAGUCAACCAUAUCAUCCUCACAAACUCACUGCUGUCCAAACCUGUCUGUGAUUGGUCCAGGGAUUAUCUCAUCAAAAACUUUUCUCUGGCCAAGUGGAGGUCAGACCGGACCCUCCCUGGGACUGGACCGAUCCCCAGUAAUUACCUGCUGAGACUGAUGGAUGAGACAGGGAUAGCUGGGUAUCUAAAGGAACCAAGCUGUGACAGGACGGCUGGACUGUAUGCUGGGGCUGUUAACGGGUGGACCAGUGCCUGUGCAGUAAAUGUGACCUUGUUAACUCUGACCUCUGACCUUACCUGUAACCUGCUGACCUCUUGUACUGGAGUUCAGUGCUGUGCAUCUUCCUCCACUCUACAGAGAACUUUUGAAGUUUAUGUGAACAUUGAUUCCUGUAGCAGCAGUCUCAGCAUACAAAUAGAACAACUUUUCUACAACCAUACACUGGUCAACUUCCAGUGGGGAGUGGAGCAGCAUUUAUGGUUAUUUGGAAUAUACAGAGUAGACUACAUGUUAGAUGACUUGCUAGAAGAGAAUGCCUAUUUGAUUACUCUGGAGAUCAAGUCAUGUUUUGAGACCUCCCCUCCACAGUGUGAAUCCUCAGAGUCCUACACAGUGUUCAACAGGACAAUUCUCCCCAAAACUAACUGUGUCUGGAACGCAGCAUUCAAACAUACUGGAUUUUCCCUGUCCACCUGGCUGUCAGAUAAUGGUCUGGCAGACACAACAGAGUUACAACAACAGGAUCACCUGAUUUCCCAGCUGUUACACGAGAUGUCAGUAUCCCAGUACCUACAGACACCAGCAUGUGGUGGAUCUAAAGGAGUGUACAGCUCAGCUAUCAAUGGCUGGAGUUCUUUAUGCUCCAGGAGUGUGAACACUGGUAAUGUGACGGGCAGCGUGUGUCAUCUGACAUCAGCGUGUACGUUCUCCGAGUGCUGCACAGAGAUUGAUUUCCUACAGAGAUCCUUCAGGACCUUCCUUAACCUUGACCCCUGUAACUUUGUCAUGGUGGUCGGCAUCGAGACCUUCAGCAGGAACAUCUCACUCGCAGGCUAUCAGUGGGGUGUUCAAGAACAUUUCUGGCUUGCUGGGAUGAUCAGAGUAGACUUCACUGUGGAUGACAUGUAUGGAGAGAGAUUAUUCCUGGUCAACAUGAACCUGAGUUUUUGCUUUGAGUCAGGAUCAGCUUGUUACAAAGUGAUUAAAGUGUUUGAAGACACACUUCUUCCAAAGGCAGCAUGCAGCUGGAAUUCCCAAGCAGGUUUCUCUGUGAGUGACUGGAGGUCCAGUAACGGGGUACCAGCAGGUGCCCCUAUGACCGGCUGGCCAGAGUCUCUGUUGUAUGAAGAGCUGGACAUUGCCCAGUAUCUGUACAGUACACAGUGUGUCAGGGGAACAGGGCUCUUCACAAGCUCCAGAGUCUCAGGAGUGGACAUUGGCUUUAACACAGAUGCUAGCACUUAUUCACAGUUGUGUCAGUUGUCGGUGGACUUCAGUGGUCACCACAUGGCCACCACCACAGCAGACAAGGUGACCUGUUACCUUCCCUCGCUGUGUACCGCUGUAGACUGCUGUGUAGAGGCCACGUCUCUAUCUCGCUCCUUUAACUUCUACAUCAAUAUAGACCCCUGUAACUACAUCCUGAGGGUAGGGAUAGACAACUUCUACUUCAAUCAGUCACUGGACAGAUACACAUUUGGAGAAGAAAGGUUGUUCUCAUUGGCAGGAAUCUUGCAGCUGAGAUACACUAUAAACAAUUUAGUAGAUGAGAGACUGUACUUGUUAAACCUGAAACUGAGUGUAUGUACAGAGAGUGGAUGUGAAGCUAAUUACACCAUCUUCAAGGACAUGCUGCUACCAAAACAAGACUGCUCAUGGAGUCCAGGAUUCAUUGAUGCUGGUUUUGUUGUGACAGAUUGGAUGAGCAGUAAUGGUUACAGCAGCCCACUGACAGACUCACAGACAGCAGAGCUGAUGAAGACUAUUGGAGUAGGUCCCUAUCUCCUAAAGGAUCAGUGCAGUCCUUCAACAGGAAGAUUUAAAAAUGCCCAAAAUGGAUGGGUUAAAGGUUGCUUCUCUCCAGUGUCCUUGACCAAUCUGACCUCCACACCUGUGGUCUGUUACCUGGAUUCUACCUGUACGGCUGUAGACUGCUGUAUCCAGGUCACCAGGAUCAGUAGGAACCUCAAUGUCAAGGUCACCUUGGAUCCUUGUUCCCACAUGCUGAAAGUGGAACUGGAGAGAUUCCAAAUUAAACUGGAUUUGUUGACCUACACUAAAGGCACAGUGAAAGAAUAUUCUCUGCUUGGAUUCUUGAAAAUGAGUCUUAAAGUCGAUGACCUGAGAUCCCAGAACAAUUACCUGUUGGACCUGGAUGUUCAGGUGUGCUUUGACAGUGGAUCUUGUGACGUCAGUGUAUCUGUACUGAAUAACACCAAGUUAUCAAAGAGGUCAUGUGAUUGGUCUGCUGGUCUUCAAGGCCUGUCAGUUACAAAGUGGCUGACUGAUCUAAAUGUGGACAACACCACAAACCCACUCCCUGACCACCUACAGAGCUUGCUGCUGGAGGAUCAUGGGAUAGCUAACAUGAUGAAGGAGACUCAGUGUAGCAGAACGAUGGAUGCAAAGUACUCUACUACAAAUACCACAGUGGAUGGAUGGAAUUCUGAUUGUGCCUCAUCCCCUUCACUGCCCACACUAUCAGGGGAGAUAACCUGUAACCUGCUGGAUUCCUGUACCAGUGUCAGCUGCUGUGUGGAGGUCACCAGAUUUAACCAGAGGUCACUCGAGGUUGCCAUGGAUUUCAACCAGUGUGGGAACUACCUGGACGUGACAGUGGAGAAGAUCACCACCUCAUUUCUCCUCAAUGACUUUAAAUAUGGAGUAGUGCAGAAAACAUCUCUAAAAGGAAUGUUUGAAAUGCAAUACAAUAUCACGGAGGAUGUGAUCAACAAGAAGUAUUAUGUUGACUUGGCGUUCGCUGUCUGUUAUGAAGCAGGCUCGUGUGAUGAAAUGUUUACAAUAUUCAGCAGCUUCCAGUAUGACAUGGUGACAUGCAGCUUUAAAUACGACUUCUUAACACUUGGUUUUUCUCUGAACACUUGGAUGACGUCUAGAUCUAUAGCCAGUGUGAAUGACCUGACAGAAGCCCAGGCAGAUGACCUGUUUAUGGAGCUCGGCUUGGACCAUUUUAUGACAGCAGCGGAGAGCUGUUCCUCCUCAGACAGAAUCUACAAUGGGACAGUCAAUGGAUGGACCAAAGCGUGUGCCAGCAAUGUGCCAGUUCUGCCCACCAUAACAGGCAGUGUUUGUCACCUGAAGGCAGACUGUACUUCAGUAGAAUGCUGCACAGAGAUUGCCUUCCUACAGAGAACCUUCAGAACCUCGGUCACUCUGGAUCCCUGUAACUUCCUACUCACUGUCAGCAUAGAGCGCAUGACAAGGGGGAUUACUCUUACUGGAUACAGCUGGGGAAAGCAAGAACAUCAUUGGUUAAAUGGAGUAGCCAGAUUGGACUACUCUGUCAAGGACAUGUAUGGCGAGAGAAAAUACCUGGUAAACAUGAACUUGAGUUUCUGUUUUGAGACAACUGGAGCCUGUUAUUUAAGUCUUAUCAUACUGAGUGAUACACUUCUACCUAAAGUCCUCUGCUCUUGGGAAAGCACACCAGCUUUCUCAUUAAAUGCAUGGAAGGCUGGCAAAGGAUUGAUCCCAGCCAAUCCCCUGCCCAGUUGGGCACAGACCAUGUUGUUUGAGGAACUUGGAAUGGCUCAGUACCUUAAACCCACGGCCUGUGCCAGGGGAUCAGGGCUAUAUAUAGACUCCAGGAGUGGGGCAGUUAACAUUGGAUUCAAUACUGAUUCCACAACCUACUCUCAGUUGUGUCAGUUGUUGGUAGACUUUACUGGUCACCACAUGGCCACCACCUCGGCAGACAAGGUGACAUGUUACCUCCCCUCCCUGUGUUCCGCUGUAGACUGCUGUGUAGAGGCCACGUCUCUAUCUCGCUCCUUUAACUUCUACAUCAACAUAGACCCCUGUAACUACAUCCUGAGGGUAGGGAUAGACAACUUCUACUUCAAUCAGUCCCUUGACAGAUACACAUUUGGUACAACGGAUAAUUUCUUCAUGACUGGAAUACUACGAGUAAUGUACAGUAUAGAGGACCUGACAGAUGACCGAGCCUACCUGGUGUCUGUUAACAUCAGUAUCUGUACAGAGAGCACCUGCGAGGCCAGCUAUGUCUUACUGAUGAACAUGGUCCUACCUAAACAGCCUUGUAGCUGGGCAGAGGGAUUCUAUGUGCCAGGUUUUUCCUCUGCAAACUGGAUAAUGUCCAAAGGCUACCUAUCCCCCCUCUCAGCCUCGGAGACUGCGGAACUGAUGGCAUACAUGAAGGUGGGGAGGUACCUACUGGAUCCUGGGUGUGAUGCCUCAACAGGGAUUUACUCAGGAGCCACUAACGGAUGGAACGACACCUGCUCAGCAGCAGAGAAUAUUCCCAGUUUGACCUCUGACCCCGUAGCUUGUCAUUUGUCCAAUUCCUGCUUGGCUGUGGACUGCUGUAUCAGGGUCACCAAGAUCAGUCGGAACCUUAACAUUAAACUGGUCCUUGACCCCUGCGCUUACAUCAUGACAAUACACAUGGAGAGGUACCAGAUAGAGGUCGACCUCCUGACAUUUAAUUACAGCACUGCUACCACAUACCAAUUGAUGGGCAUGAUCAGAAUGACAUUAACUCUAGACAACCUGGAGUCUCAGAAUAAGUACUUGGUCAGCCUUGAUGUCAGAGUGUGCUUUGAGAGUGGAUCAACUUGUGAUGUCUCCAUAUCAGUGUUCCAGAACACCAAGCUACCAAAGGGGAAAUGUGAUUGGACGAUGGGACUUGGAGGAUUUUCUCUGGCAACAUGGCUGACUGAACAAGGAGUGAGUGGUAACCCAAAUCCACUACCAGAUCACUUCCAAAGUCUUUUGCUGGAGGAUCAUGGGAUAGCUAAUAUGCUGAAAGACACCACAUGUCUUAGAGAUGGCACAGAUUCAAGAUACGAUGACUGGGUUGCAGUUUCUGGCUGGAUAAAACAAUGUAGGUCAAGAACAGUAUUACCCACCCUCCUCCCUUUAUCAACUAUAAAUUGUUUCAACCCUGAAUCUUGCACUGCUGCUUCCUGUUGCCUCACACUUGAAAGAUUUGGGGGGAGACUAAUGGAAAUAUCUAUGGAAUAUAGUCACUGUGGGAACUAUCUGGACAUUACCAUCGACCGUAUACCCAUCAAACAGUACUUGACAGGAUUUCAGUACAGCACAGAACACACUGUUUCCCUAAAAGGAAUGUUCAAACUCAAAUAUAAUGUAACAAAAGAUGAGGCAAACAAGGAAAUUUUAUUAGGUUUUGAGAUGCAGGCAUGCUAUGAACCUGGGACUUGUGAACAGACCUAUACCAUAUUUCAACAGACACCAUUUGAAAUGAAGACUUGUACAUAUAAUGAAGGGUUUCUGGAUUCAACCUUUUCUCUGUCUAACUGGAUGACUGCCCGGUCCAUUGCUGAUGUGGCGUCCAUCACAGAAGCCCAGGCAGACAGCCUGUAUAUAGAGCUGGGACUGGACCACUUCAUGUACAACACAGACCAGUGUACUCUCUCUGACUCUGUCUACGGUCCUGCUACAGGAGGAUGGAGAAGUGAUUGCCCCUCUAUUCCUACAUCUACACUGGGCAGUAUUAAUGACAAGACCAAGGUACGCUGUCACCUGAAGUCCAGCUGUGAUUAUGUCUCCUGCUGUGUGUACAUGGCGGAAGUCAAGAGACAUGCCAGGGUGGACAUACAGAUUGAUGUCUGUAACCAUACCAUGACCGGAGCUAUUGAUAAUCUCCAAGUCUCUACAGAUCUGAUGAGCUACAGCUGGGAUACAGAUAAAGAAUUUAGCCUACAUGGUGUAAUCAAAUGGAAAGCCAGGCUUGUGGAUGUACCCUCUCAGCAUGUGUAUGUGACUGACUUUACAAUCAGCACCUGCUUUGAGACCAGUACUUGUCAUGAGGAGACCAUCUUUGGUAAAACUGUUUUCCCCAAGGAAACAUGUAACUGGGCAGGUGGUAUUGAAGGUGGCUUCUCUGCUUCUGCUUGGAUGACAAGUAAAGGCUACUCAUCUCCUCUGAAUGCUGCUCACACUGCUGAACUGAUGACAGCAAUGGAGACUCAGCAAUACCUUCAGACCACAGCCUGUGUUUCCACCUCAGGCAUCUAUGCCUCAUCAUCAAAUGGAUGGACCAAAGCAUGCACUUCAGCUGUAUCUUUGCCUGACAUCAGCUCCAAACCAGUAGUGUGUCACCUGGAUAGCACCUGUACAGGUGUGGAGUGCUGCCUGUCCCCCUCCCUCCUCAGUCACUCCCUCCAUGUCAAGGUCGAUAUAGACCCCUGCUCCUUCCUGAUGACCAUCUAUCUGGAGAAGCUGAGAAUCAGUGUUGAUCUUUAUAACCACACACAGGGAAAUACGUUGAGGUUUUUCUUGAAAGGCAUGCUUGGAAUAGAAGUAAGUUUCUAUGAGCUACAGGCACAAAAUAAGUAUAUAGUGAAUUUGGACAUCAGUGUUUGCUUUGAGAGUGCCUCUGCCUGUGCUGUUGUGGCCUCUGUCUUAAAAGACACAGUACUACCCAAGAGAGACUGUGAAAGAUCAACUGCAAUGGCUUUCUCUGUGAACAACUACAUUAAUGCUAGAGGCUACUCACCCACUCUGUCACCCCUCCCUCAGCACCUACAGAUGCUGGUCACAGAGGAACACGGAAUAGCUAACAUGAUGAAGCAGCCAGCCUGUAGCAGGACAGAUGCUAUUUAUACCUCUACCACACCUGUCAAUGGCUGGGUAUCAGACUGUUCCCCCGCCCCAACAUUGACAGAUUUGAGUGCUUUGGCCAUUAACUGCUACAACCCUGCCUCCUGUACUGCAGCCACAUGUUGUAUGGAGAUUAACAGGUUCAAUGGCCGACCCCUGGAAGUGGAACUAGAUUUCAACCAGUGUUCUAACUACAUGGAUGUUACUAUAGAGAGAGUGCCAGUCAGGAUGUAUAUAUCAGAUAUUGGUUUGAAUGGUACCACAUACACAGUAGGCUUGAAGGGGAUGUUUAAAGCCAGCACGGCCAUCACUACAGAUAAAGAAAAUAGACAGUACAGCUUUACCUUCUCUGUCUCUGCCUGUUAUAACUCGGGAUCCUGUAGUCAGACUUACACUAUCUUCUCCAACACAAAGUUCAGUAUGAAGACAUGCAAUUACACUGGAGGAUUCCUAAAUCCAGCAUUCUCUUUAACCACCUGGAUGACUGCUCGGUCCAUUGCUGAUGUGGCGUCCAUCACAGAUGUUCAAGCAGACAGUCUAUAUAUGGAACUGGGACUGGACCACUUCAUGUACAACACAGACCAGUGUACUCUCUCUGACUCUGUCUAUGGUCCUGCUACAAGUGGCUGGAAUAAUGCAUGUGCUACCCCACCGACAGCACUUGGUACAAUUUCCGAUCCUUCAGAAGUCCGGUGUCAUCUGUCUUCAUCAUGUGAUCAAAUUUCCUGUUGUAUGUUGUUGGCACCAGUUAAACGUCACAUAGAAAUAAAAACAAAAAUUAAUUUCUGUGGAUAUAAAGUGGAAGCUGAGAUAGACAAACUGAAAGAUUCAACAGACCUUCUGGAUUAUGACUGGGGAUCAUCAAAACAGUUCAAUUUGAAUGGUGUUGUCAAAUGGAAAAUGGAUCUGGUGGAUUUGAUAGCACAGAAGAAGUAUGUGACAAACCUCCAACUUCAAGCCUGCUUUGAAGGGGGCACCUGCAUUGUUAGUGAGAAUGUCCUACAGAACACAGAGUUUGUACAGCCUGUGUGUGACUGGACAGUUGGACUUCAGGGAUUCAGUUUAUCCACUUGGUUGACAAGUCGAGGUGCGAGUUCUACUCUGAACCCAUUGUCUGGCUUCUUGCGGUCGGAACUCCUGGAGGAUCAUGGGAUAGAAAACAUGAUGAAGUCACCAUCCUGCAGUAGAACAACGGACACAAUUUACUCAUCUGCUGGCUCUGAUGGGUGGAAUUCUGACUGUGCUAGUCCCCCCACACUAAGGAACCUGACGGGAGAGGCCAUCACCUGCUACAAUCCCUCGACCUGCUCUGCGGCCACUUGCUGUGUGGAUGUGGCUCGACUGACCGGUCAAUCUGUGGAAGUGUCCCUUGACUUCAGUCAGUGUGGAAACUAUCUGGACAUUAGAGUAGAAAAGAUUACAGUCAACCAGUAUCUACACAGCUUUACAUUUGGUGCAGAACAGAAAAUGUCUCUGAAAGGCAUGUUUGAAGUGAGGUAUAAGAUCACGGAGGACACAGCCAAUAAUAAAUACAAAGUGGACAUGUCUGUCCAUGUAUGUUAUGAGGAUGGUUCUGCAUGUGCUGAGAGCUUUACCAUAUACAGUGACACAGAAUUCCCUAUGGAGACUUGUACUUACAAAGAUGGACUUCUAAACCCUGCCUUUUCUCUGUCUAACUUUCACACAAAGAUGACCCAAGGGUAUUGUGCCACAAGCACAGCAUCACUGGCCGAUGCUUCUCAUCAGGACAAAGUGAGAUGUCACAUUCCAGCAUCGUGUGAGGUUGUCACGUGCUGUGUGUAUAUUGAACCAGUCAAACGACACACCAAAGUGGAACUGAAGAUGAACUCCUGUACCUAUAAAAUGAAUUCUGUCAUUGGAAAUCAAGUGGCAAAGGCAGAAAAUCAACUAUUCAAUUAUGCUUGGGGGACAAAUGAAGAAAUUCAAAUACAUGGUGUUGUGAAGUGGGGCUACGAAGUCACACACAACCCUGCAUCAUCAGAAUUUUCAGUUCAGGGCAAAGUUAGUUUGUGUUAUGAGGCUAGUUCAUGUACAGAGGUGGCCAUGAAUUAUGAGCUGGGAUACCAAAGCUGCACCCCACCCCCUCCAGCUCAAUACCUGCCAGGAGUAUCAUUUGGAUUCUGGAAGCAGACACAGUGUACACCAUUUACCUAUGAUAAUACAGCUUGUCCAAACUUUAACCUUCCACCUGAUGGUGUCAACAAUUGUGACAUUCUGGCAGACUGUUCUGGAAUUCAAUGCUGCUUUAAUACAAACUUUGAUCUGGGUCCUAAAAAUAUCUACUUCAAGAUUCAAGUCAACUGUGGAAGUAACAGCAUUGAAUAUGAAAUUGAGAGGAAUACAUACAGCAAGGCAUUGUCAUCUCUAACAGAUGGUGGAACAGUUUCGGAGGUUAUUGGGAGUACACCCACAUUUAGUCUGAGUUACUCAAAGAAUAAAAUCAAUGAGACCCAUGAAAUCACUGCCUCACUGACAAUAGUCGGCAGCUCCACAGCUACCUAUGAUGUUAUAGAUGGUAACACUGACAUUGAUACACCAUUAUGUACCGCAAGGAGGAGGAAACGAAGAUCCGUCAUUUUAUCACAACUUGAUCCCUCAGACUUCAAGACUGGAGUGAGGACACUACUGGAGAGUGGAGCAACCAAUGAAGACAUUGAGGACUUCCAAGUGCUCUGCCGGGAUCAUGCUAAAUUCAAGAGAUCAACAAAUAUGGCCAGUACCUUCAUUUCAAAUGAUGAUGCUAAAGCCAGCCUAAAGACCCAGAUAAUCUCACUAGGAAUGAACAAUCCUCUGACUUUACCAGUUUUAAGUAAUAUAACAGAAAACUCAACUAUUCAAGGAGCUGAUUCCAUUGAGAAACUCAUUGGUACUGGGCCCCCUCCAUCAGCAGUAAAGGACGGUGGUAUUUAUGUGGUGGGACAGGGUCUGAAUGCAAUGGGAAUAAAGCUUCUGAGUAAGAAGUUAGCUUGUAUGACGAUAGGAGACCUGGAGGCCAUACUGGACAUCAAAAAUAUGAAUUCUUCUCAAGUCGCCAACCUGUUAUCACAACUGAAAGAUCUGGCUAAAGCUUUGUAUUCUGACUUCAACAGCAGGCUAAAUAUAAGUAGCAGUACAGAUAGCAUUUUCAAGAAGUUUGACUUGGAGCUGUCAGGAACCAAGGAUUUCCCCAGACAGACUGUCAAUGUCUUCUCCUACAACAAAAUGUUCUUUGUUGGAGGCCUCAUCAGAAUGAAUUUUGGCUUCAGUGCCACAGGAAACCUUGGUUCCACUUUUACCGCCGGAGUGAAGGUUAUGGACAUGACAGGAAGUGCAAAAGUAGAUCCUUAUGGAGCAGUGGUAGUGUCAGGUGAACUCUCCGUUGGGAAUUUCCUGCAUGGGACUCUGAAAUUAGAAGGAAGCAUGAUAGAUGUGGGUUUCCCCUCAACAGCUGAACUUAGCUUUAAUAAAUUUCCACUGGAAGUAGGAGUUCAAAUGUACCUGAAUCUGAAACCUGUGAAGCUGACACUCCAAGCAAAGGUUGUGAUGGAUGUUGAUCUUGGCUUCACACAGUUCCAGAAGGAACUGUUUAGGUCCAGGUUAUGGGAUUACAAGUCUCCCACUAUACAGAGGCUGGUCAUAGACCUGAAGAAACAGGAACAAGAUCACACACCUCCAGAAAUAAGGAGCUUUGGGAAUUCUACCAGCGAGGAUCGCUGUGGUGUGAUCCAGGAGCCAGGGCGGGAUUACAAGGAGCCCAUGUUUAGAGUGUUUCUGGAUGCUGGGGACGACCUGAGUGACAUUAACAUGACGCUGGACAUCGGGACAGUUCCUGGAGGGAAAGAUGUCAUAUCAGGAAAGGAACUGGGAGGUUUCUCCACAAUGCUGAAUGAUGUGUUGAGUCCCUCUGGGGUACCUCUCUACUUCUCUGUUUACGUCACAAAUCAAGCAGGAGAAACAGCAACAGCCAUCUGUUCCCUAGCCACCUAUGAUGUCACACUUCCAGGAGGUAGAAUGGGUGUGGCCUUCAGAUCCACCAGUAACCCUAACGUACUGAAGGCCACAGUCACGGUGUAUGAGGACUCCCCCAUCACAGAGAGCAGGGUGGCUGUGGGGUACGGAACAGGGAAAGAUGGAAGUCAGAUCGUGGGCUGGACCAGUGUCAACCUACAGGAAAAUGUAGUCAACUAUAAUGUGGGAAAUGACCCAACACAUGAGAAGGUGAUGAAGUUGUUUUCUGCGGGGAAGAUAGCCCGCUUGGUUGGCUUAGGUACUGUCAGUGCUUCCCACUCUAAGAUAGCCACCGUGGGGGAGUGUGCCACUAUCUGUAAUGGCAUGCAUGUGACAAAGUGUCUCAGUUUUAACUAUGAUUUUGGCAGCAGUGGACACUGUGAACUUCUGGAGGUCAUAGAAGGACAAGACUACAAAACAGCAGUGGAUGGCCUGUACAUGCACUAUGAGAAGCUGGGAGUAGGAUCCAACAGAGGAUUUGAAUACACCAACCUGAACUUAAUCCACAACCAACUGUACUUCUUCAAUUUUGAAGUUGUCAACUCCCUGGGUUUUACCAACAUCCUAAGCUCUGAGCCAAUUCUGACUGACUUCACCCCACCGACUCCAACAUCAUGGCAAAUCAAAGUAACCAGUGACAGAACUGAGACCCUGCCCUGUACUACAUUGAUACCCUCGGACCGAGAUAACUGGCAGAGACUUUAUUGUCAAGGAGUGAAUCCUACCACCAAAAACCACAGGGUCAUUGUAGAUGGACCAGGCUCAGAAACAGUCUACAAUGGACAUGAGUUCAAAACAGAUCUUCUCUACACCAGAGCCAACCAAUACAUAUCAGCAAACUGGGAUGGGAUUCAUGACAAUGAGACAGGCCUUCUGGGAUACGCUGUGGCAGUUGGUUUGAGUCAUUGUGACGAUACUGUUUACAAAUUCCACGACCCCCACGGUCACCUCUUGGAUUCCUCCCAGUGGACUUACAGCGUCAUCAUGACCCCCAUACCAGCACCUUACACAGUACUGCCAGAUGGAAAAUACUACAUCACUGUGAGGGCCAUCAACAAAGUGGGGUAUGGAGGUCCCCUGGGGACAUCUGUCUGUCACUCCACGGCCUACACAAUAGACAAUUCUCCUCCUGUCGUGUACGAAAUCUUCAAUGUCCAGUACGAUGAACAGACCUUCAACCUCACACUGUCACACAACUCCUCUGAUCCCCAUUCUGGGUUAAGUAGAAAUGACUUAUGUCUUGGCCACACCCCCAGAGACUGUGAUGAACUGGCAUGGACACAGAUUGACUACUCCCCAAACAUAUCAUACAUACACCAAAUGACUGACGGAAAGGAAAUCUUUGUCAAAAUCAAGGCAGUCAAUAACGUGGACUUGAGAAGUAUAGGAGUAGCCCAGGCCUCCAUCAUUGUUGACAGAUCAGCCCCAGUACCAGGCAGAGUGUAUGAUGGAGAAACACCCCAGCAAGAUUUAAUGUUUACCAAAGAACAGGACAAGAUUUGUGGCAAUUGGGAGGGAUUCAGUGAUGCAGAGUCCGGCAUUGCCCUGUAUGUGGUGAGUGUGUGGACAGCAGACAGCAGCCCUACCACUAAAGUUGUCAAUGAAACCCAGUUCUCCAAGAACACGAGUUCUGCCUGCUUCAGUCUGGGGGCUGGGAACCAGCUACAGCAUGGAAGGAUAUAUCAAGUCACUGUACAGGCCUUCAACAGCGCAAACAAACAGCUCAAUGUGUCAGCCUCAUCUGAUGGGGUUCUUGUGGACACCACUAACCCUGUGACAGGUGAGGUGGUGGAUGGUAAGGAUGCCACAUUUACUGAUGUACAGUACACCACCAGCAGAGCCAAGGUGGAGGUCCAGUGGAGGGGAUAUUCUGACCCAGAGUCCUCCAUCAAGAAUUACAAUGUACAAGUCUACAGGGCCAGGAAUCUGGGAACAAGCUUCGAGUUGCUGAGAAAUUGGUCCACAUUCAGUAAUACUUCCUCGAGCGUGACCUGGUUGAACUUUGAACUGGAACACAAGGACAAAGUAAAGACAGAGCUGAAGGUCACCAAUGGAGCAUUAAAUUCUGUGUCACAAGAAACAGAUGGAUUUGUGGUGGAUCUCAGUCCCCCAGAACUAGAAUACUUAUGGGACGGACUGGGAAACUGGGACAUUAUGUACCAGGAUGUGACAGAUCGUCUUCAUGUGAGAUUUAAGUUUGAAGACAAAGAAUCAGGUAUCAAGCAGUACCAGAUACAGAUUUAUGAGUUGUACCAUGGUACGAGGAUGAAAAUCUACCCAGUUACUUUUACCUGGAACACAAUCGUCAAUGGUUCCUUGACCAGCUACACCUGGACCGGUCUGACUCUGAAGCAGGGAGCCAUGUACAGUGUACGGGUGGCGGCUGUCAACAAUGCAGGGUACAUGUCCUCUUUUGAGACCAAUGGAGUAAUCAUAGACACUACACCACCCAUUAUCCACUGGCUGAGGGUAGGAGUGAUGGCAGAGAUAGCAGAGGAAUGGGUCAAUGGUUACGUGUACCAGUCUGACAGACAGGGGAUCAUGACUGCCUGGGAUGUAGUUGACCAUCAGUCUGGGCUUGUUAAGCAUCAACUGGCAGUGGGCACCACACCAGGUGGGAGUGAUGUCCUGAGCUGGACGUCAGUGGGCCUUGUCCAGAGUCACUACAUAGAUGGUCUCAGCCUCUCUCUGACUGACCAGGCUCUCAAUCAGCCAGUGUAUUAUGUGUCUCUCAGGUCAGAAAAUGGUGUAGGAAGGAUCUCAACCACUACAGCUACCCCGGUCUACAUCACACAGGGAGAUAAAGCAGGUUUGGUGUUUGAUGGAGCGGAGGGCAGUGAGGACAUUGUAUCAGGAACCUUGCAUCCUGAUGGAGUCUUUGAGAUAGACCAGCAGCUGGACGCCAGCACAGUCACCGUACAGUUCACCGGGUUUGAGAGCAGUCUACAUGGCAUCAUGAAGUUUGAGAUGGCUAUUGGAACAAAACCUGAAAAACAAGAUGUGCUGCCUUUUACUGAAGAUAACAUUGUCCAUAUGGAGGAAACCAAUGUAGCUGGAAACGGCCUGGCAAGCUCAGGGUAUGCCCAAGUCAACCUAGAACUGAAACCUAACCAGACAUAUUACACUACUAUCAGGGCAGUGACAAACAACAGAAAUAUCCUACAAACAAGUUCUGAUGGAUUUACUGUCGACCAAACACCUCCUGCCAUCCAAGUAGACAGACUGGCCGAUGCCUGGCUGUCUGAAGAAUCAGCCAAUGAUACGGUGUAUGAGAUGUCAGAGAAGCAUGUGUCGGCAGAGUGGCACUAUAAUGACACCGAGUCAAACGUGGUCAAGGCCUGGUGUGCUGUGGGAACGUAUCCAUACGCCGAGGACAUUUCUCCUAAGAAAGAACUAAACAUCUCAUCUGUAAUGAGUAAUGGAGUGGAUGUGGCCUCAGUAACAGCCAUGAAGACUGGUAAACCAAAUAUCAUAAGUAUCUGGGCAGAAAACAGUGUGGGCCUGAUCAGCAAGAGAACCACCAGUGCCAUAGUGAUUGACGAGAGCAUUCCUCAGACAGGGUCUGUAGUGUGUCCAGAGUUUAUCCAGCCUGACCAGACCAUAGAGUGCAGCUGGUCAGGAUUUUCUGAUACCGAGUCUCCAAUAAAGGAGUUUCACAUCGCCAUGGGGUCAGCACAGGGAGAUGAUAGUCUGUUGACUGGAGUUACUCUGUCAGCUGAUACCUCCAAGUACACCAUCACUGGUGUGACCUCCCAGUUGACCCACAGCUCUAUCUACUAUGUCACAGUGACCGCUGUGAACACUGUCGGGCUAGAGAUCAGUGCUUUCUCCCUCCCCAUCACCAUGGACACCACUCCCCCUGUCACGGGCAAAGUAGUGGACCUUCACACAGUGUACAGGCUGGACUUUACAGAUAACGAUGCUACAGUCACCCAGAAUAGUGUACAGUGUUCCACAGAAGCAGAAUGUGAUGCACUGGAUGCCACUUGUACAGAAUCUUUAACCUCUCUGUCUGUAACCUGGAUGCCAUUCUCAGACCCCGAGUCAGGAAUUGCCGAGUAUCAGAUAGCGGUGGGCACUUCACCUGGAGGGGGGCAGAUCCAGUCCUUUAUCCCCAUUCCCCUGGACAGUAAACACUACACAGUGGGGAACCUGAAUCUUAAUGGACAAAGACAGCUAUUUGUAUCAGUGAAGGCUGUAAAUACAGCAGGACUGUCCAGUGUCUCCUCCUCCAAUGGAGUGUACAUGUCGUACCUCAGUCAGGGAAGACCACCACUGUCUCCAGUGGAAAUCAUGGAUCUGGUAGAGGGAGGCAACUCAGAUGUAGACAUCCAGACAGAUCCAGCCACUAUAAUGGCUGGCUGGGACACCUCAGGAGAUCCGUGUCCAGCCACUAAGUAUGAAUGGGCAAUAGAAAGACUGGAUGGGAAAGUGAUUUCUGCAUUCUUGGACAUGGGAUUGAAGACUUCAGGACUGAUUGAUGGAUUGGUUUUGGUGAACAGUGAGACCUAUGUUAACCUGCUCAGGGUGACUAACUCUAUAGGAUAUCAGUACAUACGCAGAUCCUCUGGUGUAACAAUCCAAGGGACACCACUCCUGCCUGGCAACGUGUAUGAUGGUAGCAUUGCAGGCUUUGAUCUGAAUAUUCUGCCUUCUCCCAGGACUGUAUCAGCCAACUGGAAUGGAUUUGGUCUCCCAGCAGAUGCUAUUGUGCAGAUUGAUGUCAACAAUGGCAACCCUGGUGUACAGGCUGACCAAUCCCAGCUGGAGUCCCAGGACAGAAGUCAACAGAUAGCUCACUAUGAAGUAGCCUUAGGAACUGACAGAAGAUUCAACAACACUCGCUAUGAUGUGGUGCCCUAUACCAAUGUAGGGACAAACACUACUGUGGAAUUCUACGACCUGAAUCUCACACCUGGCACAGCUACAUACUACUUUACUGUGAUCGCCUACAGUAAAUCCUUCUCCAAGACUAUGGUCACUUCUAAUGGAUUCACAGUAGGGGAUGGAGGGGGAAUCACAGUUGGAAUCAUUUCAAGCCCUGGAAGUUGUGUACACACUAACGCCUCCCUAGACGUUCAAUACAAUGGAUUCUCCUCAGCCUUAGGAAUCUUCAUGUACUACGUAGCCAUUUCUAACACAACAGAUGCAAACAGCACAGAAUGUAAAGAAUAUAUUGAUGGAGGAUCAUUGUCAGCGAGUGAGAGAAAAGCCUUGUUUCCUGCCAAAGAUGUGACCAAUCAAGGACAAAACACGUAUGCAAAACUAACAGGACUUGACCUAGUUCAUGGAGAGACCUACUACAUCUGGGUCAUCGCUGCGGAUAACUCUGGACAGUGUGCCAGUACCUACUCGGCAUUUAUUGUUGAUGUCACAGAACCAGAAAUGGGAAAGAUGAAAACAGGCCCAUUUUAUGACAUGCCUGUUACUUUCUCCACUGUGGACACAAGCAUCACUGUGAACUGGAUGAACUUCAGUGACCCUGAGUCUGGAAUAUCUACGUACGAGUUGUCCCUGUGGAGGAACUCAUCCUGUAAUGGGGCCACGGCUACAGCCAGCAGUGUUACAGACUGGAUCACACUGUCCAACACCUACACCUCCUACGAUAUCGUGGAUAUCAAACUCCAGGAGGACACUCCGUACUAUGUUAAGAUGAGAGUGAAGAAUUGUGCUGGUCUGUCAGUAGAGCUGCAGUCUCCCCCAGUCCUUAUAGACAAGACUGUCCCCAGCAGUGGUGUGGUCAAAGAUGGAGGGGAUUUCCAGAGUGAUAUUCUGUGGGUGAACGACAACACCAAAGUCACAGGAUCAUUCCUUCACCUUGCCAAACCCACUGGCCUCUCGUGUCCAAAUCAGAAUAUUUCUAUCAGGAAUGAUCCACACUGGAGGAAGCUGACUAAGCUGGGAAUGCUGGAUCCGGACGGAGAGACCUGGAAGAUCCAGUACUCCCCUAUCUACAUCAUGGACUUCCCUGUGGAGGACAAAGUGAAACUGAAACUAGGACUGGCACGGGAUACAGUCAACAAGGACAUACUAGGGGCCGGGGCCAUGUACAGAUCAGCUGAAAUGUAUAAUGGAGGAACUUAUAAACUUGAGCUUCGAGCUGCAGAUCAUAAUGGAGAUGUGGUAACUGAGGUCUUGUUUUGGGAUGGCACAGAUGAAGGGCUAGCUACCAUGAAACAUCAGGAAGAACAACUGAUGACAAAAGCUUGUUCAUGUUGCUUCACAAAUCCCAUCCCAACAACCUGUGACAAUGGACAGUGUAAUUGUCAGCAGUAUUUGAGGGAGAAAGGUUACUGGGGUAACGAGACAUUCCAAGCCCAGGGUACAACAGCUGUCCCUAUCCCUCAGCCCACAACAGCUUCUCCAUUCAAUGUCAUCAACGAUGAAGGAACCAGUGUCCUGGGCCAGAACAAACCAAGCACCAUGCAAAAUUCUUGUGGAGUUCAACUUUAUGCAGCCAAUCCUUCUCAAAAUGCCAGUGGCUACAUUGUGUCCUGGUGUAGAUAUUUCAAUGACACAAGAGAGAAAUUUAGACUGAAAACUGAAGUCAACUUUGAUCCUAGUGAAGUGUACAAGACAUACAUCAUUAGGUUUGAAGUUAGGAGUGAGGAAGCCACUGCACUACAAUGGUGUAUGUCUGUGUAUGUGGAGGAGGACUUUAUCAAUCAGCUGUGUGACAUUCCACACCUCUCUAUAGACACACUGCUUUUUGUUCACAUCUUCAAAAAAGAUAAUAUUCUGCCCACUGUUCCCAAUGCCUUCACUCCCUGGGCUGCCUACGCAGAGUUUUCUGAUCUGGAAAUGCCUCCACCUAUUGGUACUUUGUGUAGGUCUGGUCAACAGUUCAGGGGAUACUCCAAUCCUAUUAUCAAAUAUGAGGCAGGAAUUGGGUCCUCAAGAUUAGCCACUGACGUGGAAGGAUACAGAGAGAUUGAUUUUCCAUGCAUCUCCUGUAUCAAUGACUGCUCCCAGUACAGCUGUAAUGCCUCCUGCAGUGCUGAUGAUACCAUUCUAAAGGUUUUCUCCUUGGAUCAUCUCAAUUUAACAGCCAAGAGAAAUAAUUCAGGGGCAAAUGAACUGGCCACAUACUAUCUCACAGUUCGAGCCACCAGUGGAUCGGGGGCCUCUACUGUGUCGUCAUCAGAUGGUUUCUAUGUCGACACCACUCCUCCAGAGUUUGACCUACAGCUGAUGAGUCUGAAUAUUUAUUAUGACGUAGAUCAAGGGGAGAGUACCCCUGUCCGUUACCAGCAGUCCAACAGCACCAUCAAAGCCAUCUGGAAAUGUAAUGAUGAGGAAAGUGAUAUAGUUGAAUAUGAGUGGGCCAUAGGAACUUCUCCAGGAGACACAGACAUCCAGGGAUAUACCUCCACUGGUCAGAAUGUGGCUGGAGUCAACAGCAGUCUAGAGGGUGUGCUUCAACACAACCACACCUACUAUGUUUCUAUCAUCUGUCACAACGGGGCAGGGCAGUCAGCUACUCACAAUGAUACAAAAGGUGUGACAGUGUUGUUGAUCCCUCCAAUCGAUGACAUCAACGCCACCCUGCUAUUUGUCACCGACUUCCCACAGGCUGUGUAUCCUGUGAGAUCUUACAAACAGGACGAUGGAGAGAAGGCAGGGGUAUCAUUCACCAAAUCCAACGACCCUGCCGUAGACAGAUACGAUGUUUGUCUUGGAUCCACACCCAAGACAGAUGACAUCUUACCUUGUACAUGGGUAGCCCUCAAUGACUCUGGAUCUGCAGAAAUUAGGAAUGGUAAUCUGUGGAUAAACGGACAACAAAUCCGACAGUUAUCUGACCUCAGAAGAGGACAAGUCACCUCCUCCAGUGGUAACUCCACUGGGAACUUAUUCCGCAUGCCAGUGGGAAAGAUAAUGUUCCUCAAUAUGAGGCUCUGCAGUGCAGCCAUGUUGUGUAAAAAUGUGACAGGAGGAUGCAUUGUCAUUACGAAUGCUAGAUCCAUUAUUGAAGAUUCUCCAACAGGUGGUGCCAUCUCUCAGGAUAUUACAGCCACUGCCAGGAGAAGGAAGAGAUCCAUUGGAGACAUCAAUAUCAAAACACCCAGUGGCUUGAACCCAGGCACCACCCUAGUAUUGACACCCCUGGGAGAGUCUGAAAUCACUGCAACCUACGGGUCAGAUGCCUCCACAAACUUUGUAUCCUACAUUGAGAAUCCAGCUACAACCCAGGAUAAGUUACAGAGGCUUUUGGUCAACAGAGUGAAUUUUGAGAACUACACAGCCUUCUCAAUGGUGGUGGUAGGAAACAUUCCCAUGCCUGGUCCAAUAGUAAUUACAUACCAUGAUGAGGUGGGAAAAACCACCUCAGGAAACAGAACAAUGUUGAUACACUGGAACCCUGUGAUGCAGUACUGGGAGCUGAGCAGUAGGACCUGCCGACAUCUCACUGCUGAUGAACAAGAGGUUUAUGAUGCUGCCACACAGACUAUGUCAGUGAAGGUAUGUGAUACAUAUUACAAUGCCACUGCCAAUGAUACAACACCAAGCCUUACCAACAUCAAUGGGACAUUUGAACGGGAAACCAUGUUCAUUAUCCCAGUGGGAGAUGCUGCCAUUUACAACUCACCACCAAGACUGAACAGCACAAACCAAAUCACUAUAGAGGAAGACUCGGGAACCCUUCAAUACCAGUUGGUGGCCACUGAUGACGAGGGAGAUAUAAUCAGAUUCCAACUCCAUGAAGAAGAGUUUGAACUUGGAGAUGUGAACCUUACAUCAGAGGGCUUUUUGUCCUUCAAACCAUGCCAUGAUUGUUCUGGCUUACAAAUGGUCAAUUUUACCAUGUACGAAGUACAGCAGUUCCCAGAAAUUAUCCCCAAGAACACCACUACAACUGUGUACAUCACUAUACAGGAAGUCAAUGACCCUCCCAAAAUGUUUGUGUCCAGAAAUGGACAGCUGAUACAAAAUGCAGACCCCACUGAACCCAUCGUGAUUUUACUUGAGGCUAAGAAUGACUUCAAUAAGGACAGGUGGAGCCCCACAUGGAGUGCUGUUAUAGGAGCAUACGACCAGGAGAUGUCAGACGUCAUCAGCUUCCAAUUACUCCAGCCUGCCAAUGGAAGCCUCACACGAUCAGCCUUCAACAGAGACGUACCCCAGCUACUGCAGAGCUGUGACCAGGCCGAGGAAAUCGAGGUCAAUAUGAUGCCUUGUCAGAAUUUCUAUGAGACACUCCCUCGGAAUGAGUCGCUUUUGUCCUGGCUGACCCUCAAUGUGACCUUCAAUCAGCCGACCAAUGUCUUUGGAAAUUUUACGGCCAGGAUGUAUUUUGAGGACUCCUCCAAUGGAACCUCUUUACCUAUUUCCUUACAGUUUGCCAUCAUGGAGUCCCCUUGUCACAACAGGGCACAAUGCAAACCGACUGGGAUCUAUUCCUGUGAGGACACCCAUCGUAGCCACAGUUUUGAUGCGUACUACAGCUGUGUGUGCGCGGGAGGCUGGCAGGGCAAAUACUGCGCAGAGGACAUUAACGAGUGUCUGAGUAACCCCUGUAUCUCCCCCUAUGUCUGCUUCAACAACGAGAAUUACUAUGAGUGUGCCUGUCCUCUGGACAAUCCUCACUGUGAAUUUGAGCUCUGGGUCAUCGCCAUUAUUGUCCUGGCUGUAGUCCUCCUCAUCAUUUUCAUAAUUACUGCCGUGUACAGACUGAAGUUUAAGCGCAGUCCUCUUGACUAUGAAACGGAUAGCCAUUUUGGAUCCACAUCUUCCAUGACUGGGUCAGCUUCUAGUGUCAGCGACGAUGAAGAGAGCUUACUUGAUGAGAAACCCUGGACAUAUGAUGAUGGUGCCUCUGCUGAUAUUGAGUACUUUAAGAAUCCCAAUUUCACCAGGGGUUUCACUGGAGAAUUUGAUAACCUUCCUCCCAAAAAGGAAGCUAUCGAUGAGAUGUAUAGGGGCUAUCACAAUCCAGUUCUGGAUGUAGAGCCACACUAUGAUCCUGAUGAGGACAGGGUUUUCCAUGAGAGACACACUAAAUCUACCUUUGAACCACUUGUACCUACCAAGUAUGAAGGAGACAAACUACCCCAGAAUAUUCCUCCUGUCUUAACCACUGGGAAACGAGGUCGAGUCCUGCCCGCUCUGAACCUAGAUAAAUCCUCCCCAUACUACCCCCCUCCCCCAUAUCAGCUGAUGGACAAAAGUGGGAAGAAGAAGAAGAGGAGGAGAAAGAAGAAGAUUGGUAACAAGGAUGACCACCACCUGGAGGAGGAGUACAAGGCAGGCAGACAGACCCCACCCACCCAGAUCCAGAGAGACGCCGCCAAGAUGUUUGAAGCUGGAAACCAACAGAACGGCAAUGUGGGACCUAGAAAAAUCACUGUGGGCCCUGAAAGUGGAUUUGCCAAAAUCCAUCCAACCUCCGUUGAUGGGAAAGCAUCUUCAGACAUGACGUAUGAUUUUUCCUUAUUUAGUAAGAGCCAUCCACCUUCCCAUCACACGAGAACAACAAAGACUGGGGACUCUAAAUCCCAGAAGGUUCACCCAAUGUUAGACAGCGACAGAAGUAAUGGAUUCGAGGCCCACAUGACAAGUACACCCAACUCUGAUGCCCUUCAUCUGCAACAGACCAACCACAAUAGACAAAACAACUUCAAUGAUAGUGUGAACAUUGAGAGUGAACUGUGAUAUUUCUUCGGUAUUUAUGUUUGUGCCAAAAACUGUUAUUUUCUUUAAUGAUUUGAACUGUGAUAUUUGUUUGUGCCAAAAAAAUUAACUAUUUGAUUUUUUAACAUAAUACUAGUAUUUUUGUGUUUGUUUUGAUUUAUUUUUUUAAAAUGAUUUUUCAUAAUUAUGUUCAAAAGUGAAGGACACUAGAACUUGAUAUGACUGAACAGUGAUAUUUUUAUCAUAAUGAUGUCAUUUACAUUUUCUAGAACAAAGCUAAAAAAUUAUUA